GUUUACUGGACGGUCACACUAGCUUUUUAAAAACAAAACAAAAGCACAUUCCGGGCUCUUACAAAAAAUUGUGAAACUAACACUCGCUCGUGCAUCAUUUCUUCAGAAGCUGUAACCACUAAACAUAGAGAGGAGCUACAGCUAUGUCACUUCCUACAACCAGAGCCACCACGGCGACGGCCACCCACGCGGUGGUCCAGGCCGUGGAGUCUUACAUUCAGAACCAGAACUUACUAGGAGAACUCGCCGAGUUGGACGACAUGCUCUACGACCUGGUUGACAUGCACAAGGACAACGAAGUGGCCCUGAAGCGGGUUCUUCAGUGCAUCCACAACCUGCUGCAAACGAACAGCAAGUGGAACGUGCGUUUUGGCCCUAAGCUGUUUCACAAGCUCGUCUCCGUGGUAAUCGCGGACAGCCGAGAAGACACGGCCAGUCGCCGACAGCUCGUGGCCAACCUGCUGGUCUGCGUGCAACUGCACGCAAGGAAAUUCCCGCGGAUAGAGGGCAAGUUCGUCCUGCAGCAGCUCUGGUCUUUAAGCCUGAGCAAUGACCACCAGCCACAUGCGGCCCAGAUCCUGGUCCAUUUGUUCGAUGAGUUCGUUCACAAUUUGGGAACGGAGUGCGCACAGGAGCUGGUGGGCGUCACGCAGAAUCUCUUACAGUCGCAGGUUCGCGAGGAUCGUCGAGCGGCGUACUUUCUUAUGCGCAAGCUUCAGGGAAUCCAGGAAGUAGUGGCCGCGCUACAGUGCAGCGAGCAGCAGUGGAGCGCCUACGUUGGUAUUAUGGAGAAUCUAGAGGAACAGCAGUCACACCUGGUUCUGCCAACGUUGAGCACUCUGCUGCCCCGCUUAGGCCUAAUGGCCACCAGCCUAAGCGUGGACUGGCUGGCAUGGCUGAGGAUUCUGUGUGUUCGCCUCCUAGGCGACAACAACAUCCUAGUGUUGCGCUGGACCCUUAAGUACUUUUUCUCGCAAUCCAACCUCUCUCAGCUGGCCCGAUUUAAUUUGCUGCCAGAAUUCCUGGCGGCCACAAAUCGAACUCAAUUAUUUAAUCCAGAGGUGCCCGACUGCCUGACGAUGGAGCAAAUAUGCGACUUUAUGAAGGGAUACGAGGUGGAACCUUUGCUCCAAGCCCUCGUGGGAGUCCCCUGGCACUGUGUCCCACUAGUUUAUUGGCUGAACGGCUGGCAGAUGGAUGUGUUGCAGGUUGUUUCCAAGGAACUGCUCCUUCAGUUGUGCGCUCGCGUUCGGGCUCUGCAAAAUCCCAGUCUGCGAAGCAUUGCUAUCAAUAAUGUGAUGUUUUCCUUCUCUAACACAAUAGCCAGCUUGACUGUCAGCGAGUAUCUAAACUUUAUUGAAUCCUUGUACAAUACCAUCGACGAUUACGCGGACCAUUAUCAACUACAAGACAAAAUAGAAAAGUGCAGUAAUUUUGAGGAGCACGUUGAGCAUUUCAACAAGCGCUGCUGCGAGCUGGUCUCACGGAAGGAUUAUAAAUACGAUCUAUUCGUUGCGUUCCUGUUGAAAUUAUGGACCGUGCCAAAGACCAAACAUGGCUGGUGGCGAUUCCUACCGUUUUUUCUGCAUCGGGACUUGGAUAAUCCCGAACAAUAUUUGGAUUUCUACCGUUCCGUAUAUGGCAUUGACACAUCACUCCUUCACAGCGGUGUGAGUUUGGAGGUACUGCAGCAGCAUUUGCUCGAGCGCUUUGAGUGCCACACCAGGGAAGAAAAGUCCUUUGUGCGGGAGCACUGCGUGGAUCUUUUUACCAGCAUAAAUCUACCGACGUGGAGUAAGCUGCAGGAGUUGGACAUAAAGCCCCUGGAACUUCUGGACCAAGGCACUGACAAAACGUUUGGAAUCCUAACAAAUCGAUUGGCCGAGCAUACGCAGCCACUGCAGGAUGAGAACGUUCUGCCCGCCAUGAUUGCUCGCUUGGGGAGAUUCAAACUAGCUGAAACGCAAGCCAUCCUAAAAUAUGCGAUAGCUAAUGUUAGCAGAGAGGAGUACGAGAAGUGCGUUGUUGAGGUUUUGAACCGGACCACCUGCCUUUUGGGUUUCAUGAACAGUUCAGACUACAUCAAAGCGCCGCCAUUGUUCGUCCUAAAAGGGUUGCUGGCGGGAGAAACCACGACGGGCGAUGCACGCAUAGAAAUCGCUUGCAGCAAUAUCCAAGAUACCAAUGCCAUGGCGAGAGAGGGAUUUAAAGUUUAUGCACUCAACUACAAGGACUUGGAUGUGGCUAGUAUCUGUGACAGUUUGCUAAGCAUGAACAAUGAACUGUCCAGGAAAAAGACUCGGUAUUUUGCCAACUCCAAGGAGCACAGAAGAAAGAUGCGCAUUGCUAAGGCUCUGCUUGACCUAAGCGAUAGGUGGACUUGGUCUGAUGGGCUGUGGGAGGCGGCGUUGUGUUCCAAUGAUCAGCUCAAUAUAAGCUUCAUGUACGAAUAUCUUGUGUCCAAAAUGCUGCCCAGCAUCCAUCCUUUACUGGAGCAACUAAAGCUGCUGCCAAAUCUUAAGCCCAGCCAACAGGUAUCGCUGAUCUCCGUGGUUCACAUUUACUGCGUGAAUCGGUGGGAAAGUCUGGACCAAAAGCAAUUGUCCGGCAUCUUUGCCGAUCUUCUGCCACUUGCCAUGGGUGCGAAUUUCCAGACCCGAUUGCUGGCGCAGCUGGUUUUGCAUCGGCUGUCUAUAAUGUGCAUAGAAUCCUGCAAGGAAUUGGCAAUAGCAGUCGCUAUGAAGAACUCAAUCGAGAAGACAUUGGGCGACAAGUUAAGCGAGUUCCAGAACGAAGCGAGAUUUUUGCUACCGGUGUUGGCCCAAGAAUGCGUAAAUACUAAUAUUUCCAAUGCCAUUCUCUGGAUGACGAAUGCCCCUUUUGAUGAAAACGUAGACUCUUGCCUUGGCUGUAGAUAUCACUUUAGAAUAAAACUCCAGCACAUUCGCGAAAGCUUCAAGGUCAAAAAGUCUUCGUUGGCGCCUGAGCUGACUUUGUCCUCGACAGCAUCCAACGGAAAUGUGCAAAGAAAAAUGAAUCCUGUAGGCGACAUUUAUCCAGAUAGUGACUUCGUAGAUGCGACUAUUGCACCGCCUGAUCACGAGCUCAUUGUGGUAGCUUCCCUGAUUGACAAGUUGCCUAAUUUGGGAGGACUCGCCCGCACCUGCGAGGUCCUGGGCGUUAAGACCCUCAUACUAGGCCUAAAGUCGGAUGCAGAGAAAAGUGAUUUUACCAACCUAAGCAUGACCGCUGAGAAGACCUUGGAUAUUUUGGAAGUGAAACCCGAGACAUUGGCAGAAUUUCUUAUGGGAAAACAGAUGGAGGGCUAUAAAAUCGUUGGUGCUGAGCAAACGGCACACAGCUCCAAUUUCGUCGGUUUUAAGUUCCCCAAGAAGUGUAUUCUUUUGCUGGGGCAUGAAAAGCAUGGAAUACCUGCAGACCUCAUUGGAUUCCUGGACUAUGCAGUGGAGAUUCCUCAAUUUGGGUUGGUACGAUCUCUGAAUGUGCACGUAACCGGAUCGCUCUUCAUUUGGGAGUAUUGCAAACAGCACUUGGCCAAGGAAUAAUUAGCUUUUUGGCUAUUUGUAGAUAUUUUUUUACUUGUGCCUUAUAUGUAUCACACACAUUUUAUGUUUUAUU